CUUAGUGAAGAUGACAUUCUUCGUCCCUGUUACCUUCCUGUUGCUGAACUAUUUGUUGAGCUGCUUCGCUGCUCAUACUUCUACCUUGAAUGCUACAGGCAUUACCAAUAUGAAAAUUCUCCUAAGAGAAUACACGGAUGCAUUAUUAGAAGUCAAAGCAAAACAACUUGAUGUUUACGUAAUGCGCGCUCGUAAAACGGCAUCGAAUGUAAUCAAACAGCUGAAAUCAGAAAGCUACAGACUGGAUCGUUUAUACGGACUGAAAUGGAUUAAUGAACUAAUAGCUUCACGUGUUUUCCAGGCGAACGAGGUGAUCGACAAAGACACUAGGAAACGAUAUGCAGAUCAGUACGAAGUGGAGAAACGCUUGAAUAAAUCUGCUCCUCUGCACGCAGGAAGUAAAAUACUUUUGAAUAUAAUCGAAAAUAAAUGGAAAGUCAGAGCAGGAUUAUAUGCUACUGAAGAUGCUUACCUGCCUAGAUCAUCGACAAAGUGUUUGAAGAAAGAGGACAAUACAUCAGAGAAAAUGAAUUUAGUCGCUGGGGCGAAGCGAAUUCGUGACCUGGAAGAGUUUGUCUUUGUGAAGCUUUAUGAAACAGGUGAAGCAUACAUCAAUGAAGGAAAAUCAAACAUUAAAUACGAGCUGAAUGAAGCCAUUUUGAAGUUUUAUAUGAAUGAACUUGUCAACAAAAUAGAAGAGGUGGAGCGUGAACGACUUAAUUAUUUGCAAAUGCUUUGUCCAGGGGAAAGAGCGAAAGUCUUAAUAGACACAGUGAAUGCGGAGUUUCACACACCAGCAAAAUAAACAUCGUCUGCCAGCAAUGGAUGAGCACACUGGUGGUGCAUUCGCGAUUAUUAUUUAACUCUUAACUUAGUAACUCUCUCUUCGACAGAAAUGUUGGCGAAAAUACUUUUCUCUCUGCUUUUGUAACUGAAUUUUAUUAGAAAUAAAUGUGUGCGUGU